AUGUGUCGAGGUAGCAAACAGGAGGUACCGACCAAAGAGGUUGAUGAACUCUACAGGAAGUUUAUUGAAGAUUUCAACACCAUGAGAAGGGCAAUCGGCAAGCUGGUUGAGGUCUAUGAUGUUUUCUUGAAGAAGGCUGCGAGUGGAGUUGGACCUCAUUUUGCUUUAAGCAAUCAUCUAAGAGAAUACGCCGCCAACUUUGCCGAAAAGGACGAGGAACUCGCAACAGAAUUGAACACCUCAGCACAAACAAUCGAGGAUAUUGGGAAACACAACAAAGAUUUUGUUGUUAAUGCUCGAAGCCAUGUGAUUGUCCAACUGAAAUGUUGGUACAGUGAGAGCAGGAAGCAGUUCAAACAGGAAAUGUCCGACAUUGGCAAAAGGAAGACACAAUUAGAGACUGAAAUGAAGCGUGCCGGUGUUGUAAAAUUGAAAGAAAUCGAAAAAACCAGAGAAAGCAAAAAGGAGAAGGAUUUUAGAAAGAGAAUGAAGCUGCUAAGAGAAGGGAUUCUUUUCUGCAAAAAUCAUGCUGCUUCUGAACUAACUGAUUACCUUCGACAGAUGCUUGUUCAAAUGAAUAUCUUAGGCGAAGAGAGCACUCGAACAAUUAGAGAAGCAGGCAAAGUAGACUCGUCUUCAUAUUGA